AAAGUUAAAAGUGGAUAAAUAAUAUUAACGAGUACACUUUUAAAAAUCACUGCUUAUAUUUUAUCGGCUCUCUCACUACUCCUGGACUGGUAGACUAACGAGUGCUACCUAAAUUCAGGUUCAUCAUCUUCAUCAUCAUCAAUCACCAAUCAUCUGUAACUCCGCACCCAUGGUUUCCACCAGAAGAAGUGGAUCUCUGCCCUCUUCCACUUCCAACAACAACAGCAGCAGGAGAUCCCGCUCAUCUUCCGACGACAAAUCUCCUUCCCCCAAGCGCCACAAAGGAGAGAGUGAUAAUGCGGAUUCGUCCGAGAAAUCCACUGCUCCGGUUGAGAAUCCCAAGGAGUCGAGCUUCACUGGUCCGCCGCCAGCGGCAGCAGAUGCCGGCGCCUCCUCUCCCAAGGCGGAGCAGACUCCUUCCGUCUCUGUUGCUACGCCUGUCGCUCAAGGAGCGGCGCCUGUAGUAGUUGACAAGCCCAGCUCUGUAUCGGCGAAGAAAAAUUAUCAAGGCUGUGAAUUGAUGAGGACGCCUUGGUGUAGGCUACUGCCAGAGAGUUCUAAGAACUCGACUGUGCCUAUCUAUACAUCAAAUUUCUUGGUUGGCUCAAGCAAGUCUGCAAAUCUUUUAAUAAAUGACCAAACAGCUAGUGGUAUCUUAUGUAUAAUAAGACAUGCACAGCGAGAAGGCAUUUCGGUUGCCGUUCUUGAGAGCAAGGGGAAGAAAGGAUCUGUACUAGUAAAUGGAAUGACCAUCAGAAAAAAUACUUCUUGUUUUCUCAACUCAGGAGAUGAGAUUGUCUUUGGCUUGCUCGGAUCUCAUGCUUAUAUCUUUCAGAAAAUUUCAUUUGACCGGAUACUUAAAUCAGCUUCCUCCGAUGUUAGACCUAGUUUUGGAAAAUCACUGCAUGUUGAAAGACGAGCAGGAGAUGCUUCAGCUGUGGCUGGUGCUUCCAUCUUGGCUUCCCUUUCAUGCCUGAGACCAAACUCUUCUCAUUUGAAAUCUACAUCUCAGGUCAGGGAUAGGAACUAUCCUACAGAUGAGCUGCCCUCUUUCCCCAUUGGACAUGAAGAUGAGCUUGAUGGCCCUGAAGUCAAUUCAUCAUCAAAUGUUGAGGUUAAUAAUGAUGCUGAUGUUGGAGUGCAUGGCAAUAUCCCCACUCUUGAAGGAAACUUGGACUCUGUCCAAGAGUCUGGCAAUGUAGAAGAAAGAGAGUGGGUAAGAGAUUCAAUCCCUUUGUCCACAUCAGGGAUGUCGUCAAGGUGUGCAACAUUUAAAGAAGACAUCCAGGCAAAAAUACUUGAUGGGCGGGAGAUGGAUGUUUCAUUUGAUAACUUUCCGUAUUACUUAAGUGACAAUACAAAAAAUGUGCUGAUAGCAGCAUCGUACAUACACAUGAAGCACCAAGAACUAGCUAAAUUUACUUCUGAGCUCCCAACGGUGAAUCCCCGCAUCUGGCUGACUGGUCCUGCAGGAUCUGAGAUAUAUCAAGAGAUGCUGGCUAGAGCACUAGCUCAGUAUUAUGGGGCGAAACUGCUGAUUUUUGAUACCCAUUCACAUCUUCAUGGCUUGUCUGCAAAGACGAGAUAUAGUGUGCAGAAAAUUGCCAAUGGUAGUGAUGAAUUCUCUAAAGAACUCGAAUGGGUUAAGGUAUCAGAGCAUUCAUCUGGUAAAGCAGUUAUGCAUAGUUCAAAUACCCAUUUAGGCUCGGGGUUGCAUUCCAAGGCAGAAGAUGUCAAUUCACUUUUGUUAGCAGGGACAUCAAAAAAUUCCACGUUCAGAGCAGGUGACAAAGUUAAGUUCAUUGGUUCUGCUGGUGGAUCAUAUUCAGCCUCAUCUUCUAAAAGAGGGCCAACAAUUGGGAGUAAGGGGAAGAUUGUGUUGCAUUUUGCAAACAAUCCAUUGUCAAAAAUUGGGGUUAGAUUUGAAAAACCCAUACCAGAUGGGGUCGACUUUGGGGGUAUUUGCGAUGGCUUCCAUGGUUUCUUUUGCAAGGCCAACGAAUUGCGUUUAGAAGCCACGCGUGCCGAAGAUCUGGACAAGUCCCUCAUCGACACACUAUUUGAGGUUGUAUUUGAUGAGAGCAGAAAUUUCCCUUUUAUUUUGUUCUUGAAAGAUGCUGAAAACUCUAUGGCAGGGCAUUCCGGCUUUUCAACAUUUAAAAGCAGGAUGGAGAAGCUUCCUGAUAAUGUUAUAGUUAUAGGUUCACAUGUCCAUACUGACACCCGGAAAGAAAAGUCACAUGCUGGUGGACUGCUUUUCACAAAACUUGGUGGCAAUCAAACUGCUUUGCUUGAUUUGGCUUUCCCGGAUAGUCUUGGGAGGUUAAAUGACAGGGGGAAGGAAGUUACCAAGACAACCAAACUUUUCACAAAACUUUUUCCGAAUAAAGUUUCAAUUUACAUGCCUCAGGAUGAAGCAUUACAAGCUGGUUGGAAACAACAAUUGGAUCGAGAUGCUGAAACUAUGAAAACAAAAGGAAAUUUGAAUAGUUUAAGAACUGUUCUGAGCCGAAAUGGAUUAGAAUGUGAUGGACUGGAGCGAUUGUGCAUCAAGGACCCCCAUUUUUCAAUUGAGAGUGCGGAGAAGGUUGUUGGAUGGGCAUUGAGCCAUCAUUUAAUGCAAAACCCUCAAGAAGAUUCUGAUGCAAUGACUGCUAUGUCUUCUGAGAGCAUUCAAUAUGGUGUUGACAUUUUGCAAGACACACAAAAUGAGUCCAAAAGCCUGAAGAAGUCACUUAAGGAUGUUGUGACCGAGAAUGAUUUUGAGAAGAGACUCCUAGCAGAUGUCAUCCCUUCGGUUGAUAUUGGAGUCACAUUUGAUGAUAUUGGUGCACUGGAAAACAUCAAAGAUACUCUGAAAGAGUUGGUGAUGCUUCCUUUGCAGAGGCCAGAGCUUUUCUCCAAGGGGCAGUUAACCAAGCCUUGUAAGGGAAUACUUCUAUUUGGCCCUCCUGGCACUGGGAAAACAAUGCUUGCUAAGGCUGUUGCCACAGAAGCUGGUGCAAACUUCAUCAACAUCUCCAUGUCAAGCAUCGCCUCAAAGUGGUUUGGGGAGGGUGAGAAAUAUGUCAAGGCUGUCUUCUCGCUGGCUAGUAAAAUUGCACCUAGUGUAAUCUUUGUCGAUGAAGUUGAUAGCAUGCUGGGCCGUAGGGAAAAUCCUGGAGAACACGAGGCCAUGCGCAAAAUGAAAAAUGAGUUUAUGAUGAAUUGGGAUGGAUUGCGAACAAAAGAUACAGAACGUGUUCUUGUCCUUGCAGCUACAAAUAGGCCGUAUGAUCUUGAUGAAGCAGUUAUUAGGCGGAUGCCACGUAGAUUGAUGGUCGGUUUGCCAGAUGCCCCUAACAGAGAAAAGAUUCUAAAAGUGAUACUGGCAAAAGAAGACUUGUCACCAGAUGUUGAUUUGGACUCCGUUGCUAGUAUGACCAAUGGAUAUUCAGGAAGUGACCUUAAGAAUUUAUGUGUGGCAGCUGCAUAUCGUCCAAUCCGAGAGAUUUUAGAAAAAGAGAAGAAAGAGCAAGCUGCUGCCUCAAUGGAAGGUAACCCUCCACCAUCUCUGUGCAGUAGUGCAGACAUUCGACCAUUGAACAUGGACGACUUCAGACAUGCUCAUGAACAAGUUUGCGCAAGUGUGAUGUCAGAGUCCGCAAACAUGACAGAGCUCGUUCAGUGGAACGAGCUCUAUGGCGAAGGAGGCUCAAGACGGAAGAAGUCUUUGAGCUAUUUCAUGUGAGGUUACCGAUCGGCCUGCUUGACUGUCCUCUUUUGCUAUAUGAGUAUGAGGUUAGCUUGUUUGUAAAAUGGGUUUUAUAGGAUGUAAUUUAGUUUUUUUUUUCUAAAAAAUAUUCAUCUGGUUUUUUUUGAAUAUUUGUACAUGUGGGUGAGGAGUACCCUUAUUAGGCGUUGAGUAUUUUUUUAACCCAUCUGACUUUUUUUAUUUUAUUUUUAAAUGUCUUAGAAGAAAAGGGAUUACCCAAUUUUUUUCUCUGUAUCAUUGUACUAAUAAUAUACUUGUGAGAAUUUAUUCCUUUGAUAAAUGAUUCUUCUGAUAAACUGUGAAUACCAGUGUUUGUUGUACCAUUUCAUGCUUGGAAAUCCAAAUCCACGUUCGAAGAAAAGUUAUGAACGUCAAAAGAGGGGCGCUAGGGGAACCUCGGUUUGUGUGCACCAAGGCAAAAAUAGACACACGAAGAUACUCAAGAUUUGUACGUGCACAAAAAUGAAAUGUCUCGAUUUUUGUCUUGGUGUACGCUUUGUAUACACCGAGUGGGGUUCUCCAAAUAUUUUUCAUGUAAAAAGCAACCACACCCCUAUUCAAUCAACAUACAAUGCACCAAAAAAGGGUAUUGAGUGAG